AAAAAAAAAAAAAAUCAACGCAAAAGAGCAACAACAAGAAGAAGAAAUGUGUAGCAAUACCAGCAGUAGUGGUGCAGGCGUUAGUGGUAGCCUUGGUGAUGAUGGUGAUUAUGCUGGUCUUAUUCUGAAGAAGUCUAAGCGACAAAAAGUCCCUAAAAGAGGGCCUGGAGUUGCAGAACUGGAGAAGAUUUUGAGGGAACAAGAAUGCAAAAAUAAUGUAGAACACCAAGGCAAGAUUGAAGGCAACAUUAUUUCUAACUUCUCUCCAAGUUUUCUUAUCAUCCAUUGGUUGUUUAUUGGAUUAUUUUUUCAGGAAAUGUUUCAUUUGUCCCGGAUCAUAAUUACUUCAGCCCACCUUCUCCACCAAUCUCCAUGCUCUAUGGUAAUAACAAUGGUGGUAAGAAUAUAGUCUUGGGAGGUGGCAGUAAAAGUCUCCACAUUGGUGGAUCAGCCAUGGUGGCUUUGCCUGAACAGGCCUUAUUGUCAACAAUGUGGAGUUCUGGUGAUUCAAGUUUCUAUGAGGAAGCUCCUAGAAUCUCAUCUGGGUAUCCAUUUUUGACCAACUUUCCAAACAGAUCCUAUCAAAUGCAUCAUAACUCUUCUUCUUUGCUUCAAAAGAAACAUUGUCAAUAUCCUUCCCCCACGAAAAAUCUUUUUCCGAACUCUGGAUCACUGUCUUCACCAGACAACCCCUCGCCAGGAUUUUUUCUGAAUCUAGAGCCCCCUUCAAACCAAAUAUUGCUUCACAAUUAUUCAUCUGCAUUGCCAGAGGAAGAUAAGGCAUGCGAAAUCCUCACUGUUAACUGUUUCAUUCAUUAUGUCUCGAAUUUUUUUGAAGUUAUUUGUUCUUUUUUUUUUUUCUGAUAAAUCAGUUCUUGAGUUUAGCGUUAAACCAAAUGAAAAUUAUUGUUCCUGGGAAACGGGCUUGUUUAUAGGGAAUCAUCUGGUUUAAUUUAAUGAAAAAUUUGGUUCUUAUGAAACUAGAUGACAAGCACGAAGCGGCCAAGGGCUUUCCCCAUGCAGGACACCUCGGCUCCAUUUCACUUCUCAGUUUCUCCACCUUCCUCGCACAUUCAUAUGCUAGACCGGCCGCCCUCUUCUGCUAAUCAUUCUGCAUUUGGCCUAAAACGGAAUGAAAGUGUUUCCAGGGACCAUCCGAAGUCUGGUUAUGGAGCUCCGAAUGGCAAUUUUCUAUUAUUUGGUUCUCCAGCGGCAACUCCUCCAUUAACUCAAAUUUCUCAACAAGAAUUCUCCAGAUAUCAUUCCACGCCUUUCCAUGAAAGCAUAGAAGGCCCACACAGAAUGUCAGGACCGAGUGGAUCAGCUGAGAAGAACAAGCCCUAUUACAGCUUCUUAAUACCAGAAGAGAAAAUGGGAGAAACAGAAACAAGUCUUAGCCUCAACCAUGAGAGAGGUGGAGCAAAUGGAGAGGCAAUUGAUCUCAACCUCCGGCUCUGAGCAUGUGGCUCACCCAAGCAACAACUUUUUCAGAAAUCUCUUUGUAAUAUGGAUGUGAUGAUAUAUACUGGGGACAUUAACUUUGCUUUCUUUGUAAUUCAUCAUAUAGUGUUAAAUUUUCUCCUGUGGAUUA